UUAAAAUAGGGUAAAUAUGUUUACUUCAAUUGAAACUAGGCAGUUUUGUAACAGGAGAUUUGUAAGUCCAAGUAUUGACAAAAAAAAGAAAGAUGUCAAGAAGACUGGACUGGGCUAUUCAUACUUCAUUGCGUUCUCUGCCAGCCUCUUCAUGUUGCUGCCAGGAUUGUCAUUCUCCUGGCCCUCGGUAUGCAUCCAGAAACUCUACGAAAAAGACCCUUCGCUCAAUCCCCUCGGAAGACAGGCUACUAUUCAAGAAAUCGCAUGGAUAACAUCCCUUCAUAAUUUAGGAGCGAUAAUAGCUCCGCUAUUCUGCGGGAUGAUUUCCUACCAAUUAGGCAAGAAGAACACCAUUCUCUUGUUCGCCGUCCCGCAUUUUCUAUCGAACAUUAUUUUGAUUUUCGCCAAUCAUGUUUGGCAUUUUUACGUAGCGCGUUUUUUAAUGGGUGUUACUACAGGAUGUGCGUACACAAUAGUCCAGAUUUACGUAGUCGAAGUAGUGCCAACUAAUCACAGAGGCAGGGCUUGCUCGAUCUCAAAUUUUUUGGUUUCGUUGGCUCAGGAUUUCCUGUUCCUGAUCGGUCCCUAUGUUACCAUUACAAUACUCUCUGCGAUGUCUCUAGUACCGACUGUAUUAUUAUUCGUGUUGUUCGGGAAAUUCUCGCCGGAGAGCCCUUACCAUUUCGUUGCUAAAGGCGAUCUGGGCGCAGCCGAAGAAAUUUUGAUCAAAACUAGAGAUGCUAGGGACGUGAGCAACGAGUUGAACAGCAUUAUCAAAGAUAUAGGCGAACACAAGGGUUUUUCCUGGAAGGAAUUCAUAAUGUCUAAGGGCGCCCGUAAAAGUUUCAUCCUAAUGGCAUGUCUGGUAUUUUUCCAGCAAUUUUCCGGGAUAAAUUGCGUAUUCGCCUACCAGCAGUCAAUUUUAGCCGAAACUAAAUCGACCUUAUCAGCAAACAAAUCACUCGUGAUAAUAGCAACUGUGCAAAUGAUAUCUAUUUUUAUAACAUCGAAACUAGUGGAUAUGUGGGGUAGGAAAAAGUUACUUAUAUUUUCGUACGCCGGUGAAUGUUUAUCGAUAUUUUGUUUAGGGACGUAUUUUUAUUUAUUAAACAAUAACAUCGACGUGAGUAGUUUAAACUUACUACCGUUAUUUACUAUAAUAACGUAUUUAUUUUCUUUCAAACUGGGCUCCGGGCCGCUUACAUCGGUUUUAUCUGUAGAAUUGUGUCCGCCCAAAUAUAUGCCAAUAUUAUAUUCCCUAGCCGCGUUCAUUUUGAACUUGUUAUCUUAUGUAAUAACUCUCUCUUUUCCUAUGUUUUGGAUUACGUUCGGCUUGGAGGUAGCGCUGUGGGGAUUCGCCAUUACGGCUUUCAUGGCGAUUUUGUUCACAUAUUUCCUAAUUCCGGAAACCAUGGGUAAAACAUUCGCGCAAAUACAGAUUUUACUUAAUAAUAACAAUGAAGUGCAAGAAAAAAAAUCGCUGGAAUUGAUCAGUGUUUGAUAAAGAUUUAAAUAUAUAUUUAUUUGGAUAUAAAGAUUUGAUUAAAAAAAUAGAAUUAUAAAUUUGUUAGGGCUUGCAAUAUGCCCUUGGUAAUUACAUGUAUUGUGUAACUACAUAGGUAUUGUAUACAGAGAGGCAACUUGCGGCUAUAGCUGCAAUCUUUAGAAAGAGACUUUCAAUUAAUAUCAAUCGAUAUAAUAAUUUAGUAAGGAACAGAAAAUCAGUCGAACUGAUGAUUGUCGGCCGAUAUUAGAAUUCGCUUCAUCCAGUAGCGAAUAGCGCUCUUUAUUCUUUACUAUUGAUACUUUACUAUUGAUUAAUACUUUACUACUUAUACUUUACUUUACUAUUGAUAAUGACAACUAUUGAUAUAUUUUCGAGUUAUUUAAUUCUUUAACCAACAACUCAUAACAUGUUUUCAAGCUGCACAAUU